AUGAAGCUUUCUAGUUUGUCUGUUGCAGUUCUGACAACUUUGAACUUGGUGGAUGCCAGGAUUCCAGGUACCGUAACUGUGACUUCAUACGGUACCCACAAGUACGGUAAAUUCGACAAGACAUCGAGAACGAAGCACGUCGAAACCAGUAGUACUCACAAGUAUGGUAAAUUCGACAACACAAGACAGGCAACUACUACUCGUCACAUUACGAGCUAUCCAAACGACGCUGCUCCAGGUGCAUCCAACUUUGGCGCUGCCAAGAGAGUGGGUCUAGCUGGAGGUGCUGGUGCGGUCGCUGGUGCCCUACUAUUAUUGUGA